UUACCAAUGUCAAGAGUGUGGCAAGGUCUUUAUGUGCCCUGCAGACCUUAUUCAACAUCACAGACUUCAUAUGGGACAGAAACCUUACCAAUGUCAUGAAUGUGGCAAGACCUUUAACCAGAGCUCAGUGCUUACCCAACAUUACAGAAUUCAUACUGGAGAGAAACCUUACCAAUGUCAAGAAUGUGACAAGGCCUUUAAGCAGAGGGCUUCAGGGCUUCUUCAGCAUCACCGAGUUCAUUCUGGGGAGAAUCCUUACAAAUGUAAACAGUGUGGCAAGGCCUUUAAGAUGCCUUCAGAUAUUAUUAAACAUCACCGAAUUCACACUGGAGAAAAACCUUACAAAUGUAAUGACUGUGGAAAGACCUUUAUGUGGGUCACAUCCCUUACUAAACAUCACCGAAUUCACCCUGGAGAGAAGCCUUACCAAUGUAACAAAUGUGGCAAGGCCUUUCAUGACAGCUCAAGACUUACUGCACAUCACCGAAUUCAUACUGGAGAGAAACCUUAUGAAUGUGAAGAAUGUGGCAAGAACUUUAUUAUAUUCUCAACCCGAUCUCAGCAUCAGCAAAUGAAUACUGAAUUAAAAUCAUACAAAUGUGAAGAAUGUGGUAAAACCUUUAAGUACUGCUCAUCCCUAAGGAAACAUAGGCAAAUCCAUACUGGAAAGAAACUCUACAAAUGUAAAGAAUGUGGCAAAGUUUUUAAAAUUCACUCAACACUUAUUCAACAUGACAGAAUUCAUACUGGAGAGAAACCUUACAAAUGUAAGGAAUGUGGUAGGUCCUUUAACCGGCAGGCAUACCUUACUCGACAUCACAGAAUUCAUACCGGAGAGAAGCCUUACAAAUGUAAGGAAUGUGGUAGGUCCUUUAACCAGAAGGCACACCUUACUCGACAUCACAAAAUUCAUACUGGAGAGAAGCCUUACAAAUGUCAAGAAUGUGGCAAGGCCUUUAACGAGCGCUCAUACCUUGAUCAACAUCACAGAAUUCAUACUGGAGAGAAGCCCUACAAAUGUAAGGAAUGUGGUAGGUCCUUUAACCAGCAGGCAUACCUUGCUCGACAUCACAGAAUUCAUACUGGAGAGAAACCUUACAAAUGUAAGGAAUGUGGUAGGUCCUUUAACCAGCAUGCACACCUUACUCAACAUCAGAGAAUUCAUACCGGAGAGAAGCCUUACAAAUGUCAAGAAUGUGGCAAGUCCUUUAAGGAGCGCUCACACCUUGAUCAACAUCACAGAAUUCAUACUGGAGAGAAGCCCUACAAAUGUAUGGAAUGUGGUAGGUCCUUUAACCAGCAGGCACACCUCAUUCGACAUCACAGAAUUCAUACUGGAGAGGAACCCUACAAAUGUAAGAAAUGUGGCAAGGCCUUUAACAAGCGCUCACGACUUACUCGACAUCACAGAGUUCAUACUGGAGAGAAACUUUACAAAUGUCAAGAAUGUGACAAGGCCUUUAAGUGUCACUCAACCCUUAGUAAUCAUCUCAGAUUUCAUACUGGAGAGAAACCUUACAAAUGUCAAGAAUGUGGCAAGGCCUUUCACUGGAGGUCAUUGCUUACUGUGCAUCACAGAAUUCAUACUGGAGAGAAACCUUACAAAUGUAAGGAAUGUGGUAAGACCUUUAGCCGAACUUCAGCUCUUACUCAACAUCACCGAAUUCAUACUGGAGAGAAGCCUUACCAAUGUCAAGAAUGCAGCAAGGCCUUUAACCGGCCUUCACACCUUACCCAACAUCACUGAAUUCAUACUGGAGAGAGACCUUACCAAUGUCAACAGUGUGGCAAGGCCUUUAGCUGAUCUUUUGACCUUACUUGGCAUCACCAAAUUCAUACUGGAGGUCAAUCUUACCAAUGCCAAGAAUGUGGCAAAGCCUUUAACAAGCGCUCACACCUUGAUCAGCUAUCACUAAUUCAUACUGGAGAGAAACCUUAUAAAUGUAAGGAAUGUGGCAAGGCCUUUUCAUUGCACUCAAACCUUCUUAAGCAUCACAGAAUUCAUACUGGAGAGAAACCUUACAAAUGUGAAGAAUGUGGCAAGGCCUUUUCACAGAGGUCAUUGCUUAGUAAACAUCACCGAAUUCAUACUGGAGAGAAACCUUACAAAUGUAAGGAAUGUGGCAAGGCCUUUACACAGCACUCAGUUCUUACUCGACAUCACAGAGUUCAUACUGGAGAGAGACCUUACAAAUGCCAAGAAUGUGGCAAGGCCUUUCACCAGAGCUCAUCACUUACUGUACAUCACAGAAUUCAUACUAGAGAGAAACCUUACAAAUGCGAAGAAUGUGGCAAGGCCUUUUACCCGCGCUCACACCUUAGCAAACAUCAUAGAAGUCAUACUGGCAAGAAACUUUAAAAAUGUAAAGACUAGGAGUAAGGACUGUAAAACCC